AUGGACUCUGCGAAGACCACCCCCCCGGCGCUGUCCGGGGGCAUUCAGAAAGGCCGUCAGCGGACCAUCACAGCAUGCCUGACAUGCCGUCGUCGGAAAGUCAAGUGCGACCAUGCGCAACCCGUCUGUUCUCCAUGUCAGCGAGGAGAUCGAGUUUGUACAUACGUGAAUCCUCAAGUGUCGUCGCAGGCGCAGCCCCACUCGGCAGCCAACCGUGCGUCGCGAUCCAAUCUGCGUUCUGGGCAAGAGGAGAUCAGAAAUCGUUUGGAGAGGUUGGAAAAGCUGCUGGAAAGAGCGAUCGACGGCGGUGGUAAUGCUCCACUGCUGUCGGAUCCGCAGGCUCCUGGUCCCGACGCGGCGCAGGAUGGAGAGCAACCAGGCGUCACUGGUAGUGCGAUGCCAGACCGUGGAAACGAAACUUUGUCUGCUGAUGGAUACGAUGGUGCCUUGAUACUAGAACCGGAAAGCGGCCAGUCGCGAUGGGUCUCCUCCCUGCACUACGCGCUGCUCGCUGAUGAGAUUCACGAUGUAAAAAUGUUACUCGGGGACCAAGCACGAAGCGUUCCUGGGGAAAGCCCAUCCUCCGAGCGGGAUACUACUCCCUUCCCAUUUUCCAACACCGGCGUUGACAGCCUUACACCUUGGCUCCCCAGAUCCGCAGAGGAUUGCUUUGAAUACUUGGAGAUAUUCUUUUCCAAUGUUGAUCCGAUGACACGCCUGGUGCACAAGCCUUCUCUCCGACGACGCUUUGCGCUUUACGUCAACCAAACAUACGGUGCCAUAAACCAGGACGCGGGGGAAGGAAGUGAAGAGUCUGUACUGGAUCCCUCGAUCCACUCAUUUGAGCCCUUGGCCCUGGCCGUUUUCUAUUCAGCUGUCAACAGUCUGCCACCAGAAACCGUGCUCGGGCAGUUUUCGGCAGACAAGGAAAUGCUGUUGGCUCAGUUUCAGAGGGGAGUGGAACUAGGACUUGGGAGGGAGGGCUUCUUGACAAGCCCAAAUAUUGAAGUUCUGCAAGCAUUUGUUCUGCUUCUGACUUGCCAGUCACGAGAAGAUGAUAUGUCAAGAACAUGGACUCUACUUGGACUUGCUGUCAGAAUGGCACUCUCGCAAGGCCUUCACAGGGAACCUUCUCUAUUCCCUUCCAAGAACAUGGAUGUGGUUCAGGUGGAGAUUCGCCGGCGAUUAUGGCAUCAAAUAUGUCAUCUCGACUUUAGGUCAGCCGAAGCCAGAGGCCAGGAGCCAACCAUCGCAGACGAUGAUUACACAACUCUGUUACCCAGGAAUAUUGACGACGAAGACCUUGUGGAAAGAGCACACCCCACUACCGAUACGUAUUCGCCACCGGGAUUCACAGAUAUGACGGGGCACCUCAUUCGAUUGAACGGAAUCCACUGCUUCAGAAGAAUUAUCCGAAGUACCUACCGGCUAGAACGGCGGCUAAAGGCUGCAGCCGUUCAAGGAAAUACCAGCAUGUAUCCGAUUGCGGAGCUCCAGGCCCUUUUUAUCGAAGUUCGAAAUAUGGUGGGCGACAUGUCCUCGCACAUUGAAACGGAAUAUUUGCAGUUUUGCGACGCCAAUAUACCAAUGCAGCGCCUUGCUCUUGGACUUUCGGCUGUAAUUGAAUGGAGGUGCUGGUCGAUCUUCUGGCUACGCACCCCAAAGCAAUACCGGGAGGCGGUCGUGACCCCAGAUAUCCGGCAAACCGUAUUGGAAAAGUCUGUGAGCUUGAUGGAAAGCAUGAAUAUGAUUCCGGACGACAAAGAUGCUCGAAGAUUUCAAUGGCAUAUCGGAGGUCACUCCUGCUUCCAGGCGAUUAUGCAUAUCGUGUCUGAAUUAGAAACACCAGAAUUCCAAGCGGCUGAUCACAGUAUCCUUCGCUCUCGUGCCCUGGCCGUUCUACGCGAUACAAUGAACAUGAAGGGGCGUGAAAUGAGCUCAAUGUGGAAUGUUAUCAACCGGAUAAUCUCAAAUUGUUUGGCCAAGAAUUCUCAGCAAACAUUCCCUUUAACGCCAUACUCGGCUCUUUUCUCUCCAAAUGGAAUAAUACCAGAUAUCAGCACAACAACGACCAUGGCACCUCAGACAUUUGCGGAGACGCCUGCAGUACAAGGGAACUCGGUGAUGGGUGCCCCAUUACCGGAUCCUGUAGACAUAGGAGACCUCGAUAUGCAGGAUGUCUCCAUGUCAUUUGACUGGGGAUUUUGGAACUUUGAUCCCACUGAUAUUAACUCAUACUAG